AUGGUUUACAGCUCCACAGUCGUGUCUAAAGGACGGGGUAGAGCUGUUGUCACCGCAACAGGAAUGAACACAGAGAUCGGAAGAGUUGCUGCAAAACUUAAUGAAUCUAAAGAUGACGAUAAAACUCAGCUCCAAAAAAGCAUGAACAGAAUGUACAUUGCAUUGCUUAUUGUCUCUGUCCUAUCCGUUAUCAUUGUCUUGGCUUCCGUUAAGUUCAAGGUUAACUAUGACGUUGGAAUGUAUGCCAUGACAGCCGCUCUUUCUGUCUUGCCAGCUGGCUUAACGACCGUUAUGACCGUUACAUUGGUUAUGGGUGGAAAAGAAAUGACAAGCCAGAAAGUUGUAGUACGAAAGCUAAAGGUCCUCGAGACGCUUGGAUCAGUCACCAAUAUUUUUUCGGACAAAACCGGUACUCUCACUUUGGCCAAGAUGGUUGUAAUUCGCUUCUGGACUCUCAAGGAAGGAUACUUUUAUGUGACACCUAAUGGACUUUCUCCUGAAGGCGAAGUUUAUAGAACUUCUGGUAUUCAAACGAGAGAAGACGAAGAAAAGACAAAUCAAGGCGAACUGAUCGACAAGACACAGAUCUCCCCUGAUAUUACAAGUUUGAUUCAAUGCUCAGCACUCUGUAAUAUGUCGAGCAUAUAUCGUCAUGAAUUACCCGAAACUGAAGAUGACUGGGUUUCAAAUGGUGCCCCAACCGAGGUUGCUCUCCAAGUUUUUGCUCACAAAUUCAACAUGGGAAAGCCUAUUCUUGAAGAAAGCGGCUGGGAAUUGAUAUCUGAAUACCAUUUUGACUCUACUAUUAAGCGCAUGUCAACUCUCUAUCACAGCAACCAAACAGAUCAAAAUGUGGUAUUCACCAAAGGUGCUACCGAAAGAAUAUUACCUCUCUGUACUCAUCUAUCAGAUUCAGAAAAGGAUCAGAUCCUACAGACGGUUGAUAUCUUGGCAGCAAAGGGUCUUCGGGUCAUGACUUUGGCUUACCGCAAAAUUUCUACAGGCAAAUAUGAUCUGGGAGCUUAUACAAGAGAAGAUGCCGAGUCUGAUCUUGAUUUUCUUGGUUUGACUGGUAUUUAUGAUCCUCCACGUCCCGAAUCACGGCAAGCCGUCCUAGAAGCACAUAAAGCUGGUAUCAAGGUUCACAUGCUCACUGGUGAUCAUGAAAUUACUGCUACAGCAAUUGCUAAAGAGAUUAAUAUAUUGAAUGAGAAUACAAUGUCUGCCGAGACGAUCCGCAGACUGGUCAUGACAGGCACUCAAUUUGAUGCCAUGACGAGUGAACAGAUUGAUGCUCUUGAAGAACUUCCAUUGGUGGUAGCCCGCUGCUCGCCUGAGACCAAGGUUAAGAUGAUCGAGGCUUCAGAACGGCGACACAAUGUUUCUGCUAUGACAGGCGAUGGUGUGAACGACUCUCCUUCGCUCCGAAUUGCCGAUGUUGGUAUUGCUAUGGGAAAGAACGGCAGUGAUGUAGCAAAGCAAGCGUCUGAUAUUAUCCUGACUGACGAUAAUUUUGCCACAAUCAUCCGCGCAAUUUCUGAGGGAAGACGUAUUUACCAGAAUGUACAACGGUUCUUACUUUACUACUGGAUUUCCUUGUCCUCAAUUGCUGUUGUUGUCUUGGUGUGUUUGGCAGUCCGUGACCCGGAAGGCAAGAGUAUUGCUCCUUUAUCUACUAUUGCUAUGCUUUUUCUUUAUGUUGCUAUCACACCACCAGCCAGUGCUCUCAGUAUUCAACCGGCCUCCAAAACAAUCAUGCUUGAGCCUCCAAGACCACCCAAAGAGAGUUUAUUCAACCGAGAAAUUAUUCUGGAUACUUUAGUUUAUGGACAAUCAGCUGCGAUAUGCUUUGUUAUCUCCUUCUUUGUGCCUUUAUACACCAUCGGGAAUGGAGUAGGUGGAGUAAACUGCGAUUCAAACUAUGUAGAAGGUGCCUGCGAUUCGCUUUAUCGUGGUCGUUCAUCGCUGGUGGUGGCGGUCACCUUUAUUCCUCUUGUUAUUAUGAUUCAUUGUCGAAGCUACCGUGAAUAUGAAUGGAACCGGGAUGGACUGAAAAAGACACUCAAGUCCAAGACUAUCAUGGGUACCCUGGUAUUUGAUAUCAUCUGUCUUCUUCUUUUUAUCUACAUUCCCGCAGCCGCAGUCAAGGGAUUUAGAAUGUUGGCAAUAACAUGGGAGUGGGGAUUGGUCAUCGGGCUAACUUUGUUUUAUAUUGUAUUUGGUGAGGUCUAUAAGAUGCUCAAGCGACGAUUCCUUAAACCAAUGACGACAACUUUGGUAGAGAUAAAUGUAUAA